AUGAUUCAUGUUGCUUCCGUGUUUAUCCAGGCGAUUAAUGCGGCCGCUCUGGAAGAUGUGGAGCGUGCGGCGGAGUGGGUGCUUUGCGAACUUCAACGCCCCCACAACGAGGCCGACGGGGUUGCGGGUCGUGGACCCAAAGAGAGCAAGCCGAGCCCUGAUAAUACAGUGGUAUCGGCACCCACACUGGACGGUGUUGCAGCCCUCUAUGCUGAGGCGGUGCGCUGUCAAUGUGAUGGGAAGACAUUUCGUGAGGCACUCGGACCACUUCACCUACAAUAUCAGAAGGCUAUUGUUCUUUCGGAUGCAUUUGAUGCCGCGCUAGAAGGUCUUUUUCGCCUUGGCAUUAUAGGAGGAAUGCGGCAAUCAUUUCUACCUCAGUUAACCGGUGUCUCAUGGUCCUUGUCACAUGAAUUGGGCGAUCGCACCGGGACGCCCAUCACGCCUUCAGCGCCUGUGUUUGAUUUUGUGUUUACUGGAAAUAGCUGUGCAACUCGGCUUCCUACCAAAGAGGGGAAAGAGGUGCUGGCGAGAGUUGCGUGCACUUCCGGUCAGGCUGAAGAUCUGCUGGAAACUUUACGCGACAUGUUGGCUGAGGCGGAGCGUCUUACGCGUCAGAAAUGA